GAGAAGGAAGAGGGAGAGGAGGAGGAGAAAGAAGAGGAGGAAGAGGAAGAGCAGGAGGAGAGGCGGGAGGCGCCGGCAAGGCUGCAGUGGUCGCGGCUCUGCGCGGAGAUGUGGCCCUUGGUGACAACGCUGCUGCUCUGCACCGUGUGCGGCGGUUCUGCGCAGCUGACAUUUAAUUCAACCAGAUUUGUAGAAGAAACUAUUUGCAAUGAAACUGUUGUACUUCCCUGCAUUGUUAAUAAUCUAGAGAUAAGGAAAAUUAAAGUCAUGUAUGUAAAAUGGAAACACAAAGGAAAAGAAAUUUUUACAUUUGAUGGAGAUCAAAAUAAGCACAAUGCCAGUGAUAAUUUUAAAAGUGCAACAAUUGCAUUUUCACUCUUAGUAGAAGGAAAUGCCUCUUUGCUGAUGAAAAAGAGUGAUGCUAUCCCUGGGAAUUAUACUUGUGAAGUUACAGAAUCGAACAGAGAAGGAGAAACAACAGUGGAACUAAGGUAUCAUGUGGUUUCUUGGUUUUACCCAAAAGAAAACAUUCUCAUCGUUAUCUUCCCGAUUUUGGCUAUACUGCUUUCCUGGGGUCAAUUUGGUAUUGUGACACUUAAAUAUAAAUCCAACUGUACAAGCGAGAAAACUAUUGGAUUAAUUAUUGCUGGAUUAGUUCUUACCGUGGUAGUUAUUGUUGGGGCUGUUCUCUUUGUACCAGGUGAAUAUUCAGUAAAGAAUGCAUCUGGACUCGGUUUAAUCGUAAUCCCUACAGUGACAUUAGUACUACUCCAAUAUUGCGUAUUUAUGACAGCUUUUGGGAUGACCCUCUUUGCCAUUGGUAUAUUGAUUCUGCAGUUACUGGGUUACGUACUUGCUGUCAUUGGACUAAGCCUGUGUGUCACAAAGUGUUCCCCUAUGCAGGGCCCUCUCAUGAUUUCAGGCUUGGGUAUCAUUGCCCUUGCAGAAUUGCUUGGUCUAGUUUACAUGAAAUUUGUGGCUUCCAAUCAGAAGACUGUAUCACUGUCUAGGAAAGCUGUAGAGGAACCCCUUAAUGCGUUUAAAGAGUCAAAAGGAAUGGUGAAUGAUGAAUAAUUGAAAAGGAAUGAUGGACUCUGAUUUGGAGGAUAGUAGAUAUGAAUGGAAUAUAUUUGUGCUCAGACACUAUGGCCUGGAUUCACUAUCUGAAGAGAAGAAAAGGAGGAAAUUCACUGGUUUGCAUCUGUGGGGGAAAUCCCCCCCCCCUUAAAUGAUCGCUAUAGUUAAGUUUAUAUUCAAAACAGCUGUAAUUUAGUUAUGAAGAUGUAUAUUGUAUUGCCCAAUUGAGAACUAGUUUUGGGGAAAUCAUUUUGGUUUAUUGUUCAGUAGGGACAAAGGUAGGGGUUGUACCUUUCCAGAAUGAUACCUUUAUCAAACCCCAUGUCUUUAUUUUCUGUAAUUUGCUGGGUUUUCAAAAAUGGGUCAAAGGUGAAAUUGACCCUCUACCAGUUGGUGGCUGCUCCUAGAAGUCUAUGAGACAUUAAAAGCAAUGGUUUCCACCUGACUUUGAAAGGUAGCAUUCCCAGGAACACAUUUGGCAGGCAGUGUUUAUUGAGCCACAGACUCUCUCUGCUCCUUCUGGGUCAAGAGAAGUAGAUCUCUUAGAGUCAGGUCAAUGUACCUUGCAUCUUGCAUUGCCACCUGUGUGUCUGUCACUUGCCUACCACGUGGAUAGAGGCCUUCAUUCUGGAGGGUUACCACUCUUCACUGGAGGGUUGCAUCUUCACUAAACAGAAAGUCAGAGACUUCCCUAGGUUCUGGGUGUUCACUAAGGCCCUGCAGCUUAACCUUGUGAUUUUCUCGAUAUUUGGUUUUUGUUUUUCUUUGUCCCCACAACCUUUUAAAUCCUGUCUUGUCUUCCUGUUAAUUGCUUCUGUCUUACAAGAUGUUGAGUCUUUCCUCUUCUUUGAACCAGGUCCUGUGACAUACUCCAGUCUAGUUGCUGAAAGGGAUGGGACUUGUUCCCAGAGCACUGCUUUCCAGUCUUAGUUUUUUGGCAAAAAUAACAUCAGCAUUUCCUUCCCCUAAACUGAGGGUAUCAUCCAGUGUUAUUUCACAUAUUUUUUGGUCUGGGGCAUGAAAAAUCAAGAUUGAGAUUUGAGCUUUGAUCCCCUGCAUGGCAGUACAGUAUAGUGCAUCACCAUCAGGCCAGCUCCUCCCGAGGGCCUUUUUUUUAACUACUGUUGUAUCUAUGUUGCAUGGAAAAAGAACUCAUCACCACCAUCCUCUUGUAUUCCCACCUCAACCUCUCCCUUCUCCAAGACUAAAAACUUAAAAACAAAAAACAAAAAAUCCCCAAAUCUUUCCUGCCCUGGUUUGAAGUUUAGCAUCACGCCAACUGUGAUUGCCUGUACUUUUAGAUGAUUAGCGCUCGUUUUUACCUUGUUCAUGUAUCUGUGAGUGAGUGUGUGUGUCUGUAUGUUUGUGUGGUAGGCACAUGCUUGUUUCAUGUGGACAGUUGGGGUGAACAGAGCAAAUGUUGAUUUUCUACUUUCAGUAGAACUAUUUAAAACAAAGGUAUUUAUUAGGUAGAAUUGGUCAUUAAAAUAAUUUGGUUAAAAAACAAGUCAAUUGUCCAGCUUUGUGCUCAUCAGUGCCCUUAAGUAUCAGCCAUUUUUCCUGUUUGUAUAAUACAGCAGUCAUAUCUGUGGUUGCAUUUAUGAUAGUUAUUUCUUAGUCCACCGAAUGUUCCCAUGUGCCUCUUUUGUAUGCUUGUUCAAUACUACUCAACUUACUUUUCAUAUUUCAUGUUGGGACCAAGUGGUUUGUCCUUGGCAAACCAAAAUUUAAUGACCUUUUGAUGCCUCACAAAAAUCAAAACACUUUUUACAAAGCCAGCUCUAUUUUUCUUUUACACUUUCUCUUUUUUCCUUCCCACCCUUCAUGGUAUAACUCAAAAUAUUGGCAUAAAUAGAGGAUCUGGGGUUUGGGAAGUCCAUCAGUUCCUGCUGCUCUCCUUCCCCCUGAAUUAUUUCCACUUUGGUAGGAUAAAGGGGGAAUCUAGGUUGAUAAAAUUGAAAAAUAGCUAAAACAGAUGAAAUUGCAAAAGUUCAAAUCUCUAUUUUUUUUAGGAAAAUAGCCAGGCAUGAGGAUUUUCCCAUUCAACUACUAUUGUCUUUUAUUCCCCUUCAAUAUGCAGUGAACUCUCAAUAAUUCAGGAACAGUUAUGCAGGAAGUAUCCCUACUUUUAUAUUCUUCCUAUUUCUUCCUACCUUUGGGGCUUUUUUCACUGUCACCAAAGCAACUCCAUCAGAAAGUGGCAGGGGGAAGAUUAUGAAGAGGAGAUCAAAAUGAAUCAGUCAUGUUUUCCUAAGGGAUGUGGUAUAGUGCUUGGCACAGAGGUGCAUAAUAAAUGCUUGCUAACUGAUUUCACUAGGAGCUCUGGAAAACGUUUUGGUGGGGGAGGGGGGUGGAAAUAUUGAAACCACCAGCCAGAGUAGGUUUUUGUUUGUUUUUUUCAAAUAUACAUAUAUUUAAUUUUUUAAAAACUAACUCCUGUUGUCUUCCUUAGGUUCCCAUGUUGCAUUCGGCACUUAGUCUUUUCUUAUUCCUGCCUCCAUAACGUUUUCCAUAUUCCUUCUCCUGUUUCUCCAUUUCCAUGUGGUUAUUUCUUAGCUACAUGACACCUCAAUUACUAAAAUAUACUUAAACACCUACCGUUUAUCUAUUAUUUUUACUAAGCGUAUUACUCCAUGGAGGAGUUAUGUGGUGGAAAGAAUACAAAACUGGGAAUCAUGAGACUCAGUUUUAGUCUGCCACUGUGUCUAUAGGGAAGUGACUUCCUAAGCCUCGGUUUAUUCAUCUGUAAAAUGGUGGUGGGGGGGUAUAGAUGAAAUUAUUUCUAAGGUUUCUUUCAGCUCUAAUAGUCUAACUGGAUCCAGCUAAGUUUUAUUCCACUUCCCAGCAGUCUUCUUGACUGCCUUGAGCUUUUCCCAUUUAUUUGGUCUGUACUUCAACAUGAAUCAUUUUCCAUAGUCAUCAUUUUGAUCAAAUUAUUCUUAACAGAAACCUGUUCCCAAUUACCUUAAUGCUUCAGAUCACCUAAAGGUUUUUCCCACCCUCUUUACCUCUAAGUCAUUUUAUUUUUCAUUCUGUAUCCAACCUAUCCUUGUACACCCAUUUACUAUACCCCUGGGUACAAUUCCUUUGCUCCCUUUUCUGACCUCCCUAGCAUUUAAGCCCUUACCUAUGAAGUACCCUCCCCCUUCCUAUCUUUCCCUAUCCCUCCCCCACCACCACCUUUUUUCUUCAGAUUCACAGAUCUAUUCAUGUCCCAAUCAGAUUGUUUAGUCUGAUCAUCCUUUUUCUUUACCUUACUAACAAAAUUCCCAUUUAUUUAGUACUUAUGUGUAUAUAUCUAUACAAUUGUUUUUAGGUGUACCUUGUUUUCAGUAAAUCCAAUAUAUGAAAAUUCAGAAAGUAAAUAUGGAAAUAAUUCCUCUCUUUAUAGAAGUUUCCUUUAAAUAGGAAGUUCCUUUUGGUGAAUUCAGAAUAAUUCCAUGGACAUACCUUUUAGGUGCAGGCAGAGCUGCUGCAUGUUAAAUUAUACACAUGUAUACCCACACAUGCAUGCACACAUAUACACAAACCCCACACACAUGCAUGCACACAUGCACAAGUGCACACCCAUUUAGGUAUUUGUCCUAGAUAUUCCAGGAGAAUAAACAAUGUUUUUCUUCCUUUCUCCUCACAGUGCCUAGUUCAAUGCUUUGCACACAGUAGAUAAUAAUUUGGGCUGGUAAUCAAGAGUUGGCUAUAAUUAGGGCUUUUCCCCCAUUAUUCUUAUUAAGGUGAAUAAGAGUUUUCUCUUUUGACAAAUUUUUUGUUAUGGAAAUCAGAAAAGGUGACUAAAAAAACCAUGAAAAUCCUAGGUCAAAUCUGAAAAAAAAUUCUUCAAAAUGUUAGAACUUUUAAAAAAUGUAGGCACUUUCCUGUCUGUGUGAAGGAAAUAAAAGACUCUCCAUUUAGUAAGUGGCCAAUUUCAAAGCACUUAAAUAGUCCCCUUGAGGUCUGAGAGAGUGGUGGUAGAGUCCCAUGUCAUUCUUCCAAAUUCUCUUCACUUUUCUAACUAAAAAAAAAAAAGAAUUAGGCAGUGGUAGUUUUUGUGGUCUCAAUGGAAAAAAAUAUUACAUAUAUACCCAUUCAUUCAUCUGUUUGUGAAACCAGAAAAGAAAAAAAAACAUUUGUAGGGCAGUUCUGUAUGAUUUUUAUUUGUGUCAUUGUUUUUUGUUGUUGUUUUUUAAAUGUCUUGUGUUUAUGUGCAUAUUGUGGGGAAAAAUCACAAAUAGCAAUCAAAUAACUGCCCCUAAACCCAUAUGGAUCCUGAGUUUAGCAGUUUUCAGAAGCCAAUGAGUAUAAUCCAUUUAAUCUGUGAAAGGGGAUUGCAGCAAACAGGAAGUUUCCCUGAUGCUAAAAUGUUAGAAGCCCCCCUAAUUUGGGGGAGCAUGUGCCCAAGCUCUUGAUCAUAGUGGUUAUAUUCUCUGGCUUUAUUUAAAAUGUUUCUCACAAAUUCACUUUUCAAAAGAAAAUCACCUUUAAUGGACUUCCUUGUAAGGCAACAGCAAUGGAAUUGUUAAAGUCUUGUGAUAUUGGUUGGUGAGGAUGAGAAGCAGAUUUUUAUUUUUAAUUAAAUGAAGCAUCAUUUACAAAAAGCCAUUGUCAAAAAUCGGAUCCCACUUGUUGUAAAUAUCCAUUAACCAUUCUAAAUGAAGAAAACUUCAAUUUUGCUAUGUACAAAGGCCCUUCUGGGGGGCUUUUCUGGAUAGCAGUUAAAGGUGUGUUAUUUGUCAGUAGCCAUUCUUACAGUGAUUUUAAAAACCAAAGUUGUUUUACAGCUGUGUUGUUACUGUCAGAGGUUUUUUUUUUUUAUGUAUUAAAUCGAUUUAUCACUGUUUGAAGCUUUGAAAAUCUGCAAUCUUUGCCAAGGUUAUUUUUUUUAUUUUAAAAAAAACAUAACUUUGUAAAUAUUACCCUGUAAUAUUAUAUAUACUUAAUAAAACAUUUUAAGCUGU